AAUGAGGUAAGAAGGGGAUCUCAGGAAUGGAUGCAUUUUGCAGCUCCCAGCAUGCAGCAUUGUGGGAUACGGAGGAGACUGGUGGAUGCUGAAGCUGAAGCGGGAGCUGCUGAGGAUUGUGACACGAGCGCAAGGGGAGCAUCAUCCAAACACUUUGUGAUACCAGAUACCCAGUCCAGCUGGCCUGACCGACCGACCCACCAGUCACCAUGAACUACCUACGCAGGCGUCUGUCCGACAGCAGCUUUGUGGCCAACCUCCCCAACGGCUACAUGAUGGACCUGCAGAGUGGGCCUCGCCCCACCCCGCCCUCCUCCACCUCCAAYCCCGCCUCCCCAGCCACGGAGAGGCGAACGCCCCCCAGCCUGCCACCACAGGCCCCGGCUUCAGGCUCGGCCCCAGCCCCGGCCCCGGCCCCGGCCCCGACCCCCGGGGGUUUCCUCAGCUCCUUCUCCAGCGUGGUGAAGACCGCCCAGUUGGCACAGAACGCCGCAGCAGCAGCCAAGGCUUCAGCGGCGGUGGCAGAAGCUGCCGCAGCAGCACCCGCCAAACCUGUCAUACGGAAGCCCAAGAUUCUACUGGUCAUCGACGAUCUGCACACAGACUGGGCCAAGUAUUUCCGAGGGAAGAAGUUGAACGGGGAGUACGACAUCCGGGUGGAGCAGGCGGAGUUCUCAGAGAUCAACCUGGCUUCGUACAUGAACACUGGGUGUAUGAUUGAUAUGCAGGCCAUAAGAGGAGGAACCAAAGUGGUCAGAUCCUUCAAGCCAGACUUUGUCCUGAUUCGCCAGCAUGCCUACAGCAUGACUCCGGGCGAAGACUUCAGGAGCCUGGUGAUUGGCCUUCAAUACGGGGGAGUCGCCAGCAUCAACUCCCUGCUCUCCAUCUACAACUUUUGCAGCAAACCCUGGGUGUUUUCCCACAUGAUUAAGCUCUACCACUCCCUGGGCCCAGAGAAGUUCCCACUGAACGAACAGACCUUCUACCCCAACCACACACAGAUGGUGACAACACCAACGUUCCCCGUGGUGGUCAAGAUGGGCCAUGCCCAUGCCGGCAUUGGCAAGAUCAAAGUGGAGAACGAACUUGACUUCCAGGAUAUUACCAGUGUGGUGGCGCUGGCCAGAACCUAUGCCACCUCUGAGCCAUACGUCCUGUCUAAGUACGACAUCAGGAUCCAGAAAAUCGGCAACAACUACAAAGCCUACAUGAGGACGUCCAUCUCAGGCAACUGGAAAGCGAACACAGGCUCAGCCAUGUUGGAACAGAUYGCUAUGACGGACAGAUAUCGCGUGUGGGUGGACUCCUGUGCCGAGAUGUUCGGGGGCCUUGACAUCUGUGCUGUGAAAGCCGUCCACGGAAAAGAUGGCAACGACUACAUUAUCGAGGUGAUGGACAGUUCCAUGCCUCUGAUUGGUGAGCACGUGGAGGAGGACAGGCAGCUGAUCACUGAUCUAGUGAUCAAUAAGAUGUGCAGCGUGCUGCUCGGGAUCAACACACCACAGCCCAGCGCUGUGAAGCCACAGACGACCCAGCCAAGAAGGGCCCAAGGUGGGCAUCGCUCUGGCUCUAGUUCUCCCUCCCAGUCAGCCCAGGGUUCUCCUCAGCGAGCCCGCUCAGCUAACACCUCUCCCAGCCAGGCCUUCCAGCCCGGACCCAUCCCACCUCCCGUCGCCACCGGCCCCGGCUCCCAGAAACAACCUCCUCAACUGAACAAAUCCCAGUCGCUCACCAACACCUUCACUGAGACCCUGAAAGGGAACGCCACGGACGACGAGGCCAAGGCAGAGACCAUCCGCAGCCUGCGGCAGUCCUUCGCCAGCCUCUUCUCCGACUAACCUCAACAGACUCCUCAUAUCCAUCCGCCUACURUCAGCCAUUAGCCAUCGGCCUCCAGAAGAGCUCCAAGAUACCAACCUGUUACAGAGCGCGCUCAGUCAACCCACAGAGCAGAAGCUUCCUGUCCACCACUUCCUACUUCCUGUUCUUAUCCAUAAAUGGCAGGUAGAGAGCAUCCACCUCUCAGAAUCAUCCGUCAAAUAAAAAAAAGACUAAAUCGGGUUAUAGUUCAUCUUGUACUGCUUGGUUGGUGUAGUUCAGAUGUCAGUUUGCAAUUCUGUUUGUCAUUUCAUCAAAUGUUCAUCAUCUGAUUCAUUCUUUUGUUUUGGUCAUAAUGUGUUUAUCAACUKCAAGGAUGUUGAUAUACUUUGGAAGAUAAAGGAUAUAUUACAGUAUUUAGAAAUGACCCAUAAUAGUGUAUGAGCUAGGUUCACCAGCAAUGCUUAGCAUCUUGCCAGUCUCAUUACAGAAAUACUAUUGCCAUGUCUUGUAGACCCAGACAUAUUGAUUGGCUGAUUUAGUUACUAUAUAAUAACUUCUGAUUUUGCUUUGGCCUUUGAUUAUCAAAGUAAUUUUUKAUWAAAAUUCCUUGUAUUAGGUCAAAAUAGUUUAGGCUAUAUACUUUACCUGUCAAUUUGCAAUUUUACGAGGCGGAAAUAUUAUCUUAAGUCUUCCAUCACAGACAAUUCUUCCCUAAGUUCUAAGCUUUAUGAACUAUCCAAUGUAAAWAGCGCUAUGAACUAUGUUUUAAAUAUUGGGCAUUUGAUUCACUACUWUUCCCUUGCUGUGUAUUGAAAGGUGAAAAUAUGUACACAGAGAAGAAGUUCUGAAAUCUUUGCUUYAAUGGUUAUACGAUCAGUUACCUUUAAUUCUGUACACACUGUAAGGUUGAAAAUAGUCCUGGGAGAAUUACGUUUACUUUUGAUCCUUGGGUUUUGACUUUUGAAGCGUUGUCGACCUAAGAAUAGACAUGAUUUGCAAUGUGUUUAUCUGUCUAUAGCUUGCAUCCACUUCAGGAAAUGACAAAGUCGUCUUGUAACCUAAUAAUCAGCUAACACAUAUGCACAGAUUAUAUCUACGGUAACGAUACUAUCUGAUGUUAGCUGAGUGUCCAUAUUAUUCCCCCCCCAUCUCAUUAAAAUAGAGAAGGACAGACUAAUCACAUGACUGGCUAGUUUAUUCUUUUGACUUUAAGUGCAAACAUUUUAAGUCUCUGCGCCCAAAUUGAUUUUCUGUUUACGGUAUAAUUUUUGACUGGUAUGAAAAAUGACAAUUCUAUUUGAAUUGAAUGUUGUCCYCAUACUUUAUUUGUAGUAAUUGCACUUCAAGUYGCACUAUCAGCAAUAUGGGUGAAAUUAAUCUUGCUCUCCAACUUGAUUUAAAUACAUUUAACAGUUAUUAAGAUUGUCUUUUCACUUUCAAACUGUAUUUAUUAUCCUGAAACUGUAUUUAUUGUCCUAAUAAUACCUCAUAGUAAGGUAUUAUUAUCAAAAUGGACCAAAUUAUGUGUUUGUAUUUUAAAACCUGUGUGUUUGAAUUAUUUUGUCUCUGUUAAAUGUGAAAUGCUUCUACAAUUCAAAGUACUGAAUACUAUGAAAAGCCAUAAAAAAACUAUGAUUUACUGAAAAUCUUUUUUUUUWAACUUUUUUUUUUACAAUAUGGCCAUGAUGUUGAUAAAUCAAAAUGUUUACUCGUUAUCACUGUGAGUGUUAGUUGUGCUUCUAAGAAUUCAAUCAUUUUGCUUCUACUAGUGUUGACUUAGUGUACAUGGUAUAAUGCUGUAAACUUGUGAAUACCACACCUCCAUAGUGAUUUAUUUACUCAUUUGUUAAUUGACAAUUUCAGUAAGCAAAUAAUGUUAAUUAAGCACUGAAGAAAUUCAGAAUUGAGUGGUGAUGAGGUCAUCUAGUAACUACCUCAAUUCCAGCAAGCUGUGAUGCUAGUAGUGGUUACCACUAAUACUCUGAAGUGGGUGAAAUUAAGACAAAAAAAGGGAAUGGCUUUCAUUUGACCUAAUCUGUAUGUCUGCAUGUAAUCCUACAAUUUUAAUCCUAACAUUCAUACAGUAAAUUUGAUGUACUGUGCUGUCUCUCAAGUAGUUAUUCUCUGUUAGUAAAAGGCAAUACACCCAUAGAUGAGUCUGUUAUCUACUGUCAAUAACUAAAUUAAUAUGACGUGGUUUUCAUAUCAUGAUUUACAUUUACAUGUCAUUGCAAUGAAGAAUUAACGGCAAUAGCCCUUAAAAGAUGUGUGUUUCUUAAAGUGUGCCCAAUGCCAUUCAACAGAUGCUCAGAAGUCAUCUACACCACCGUUGACUAGCCGUCCUCCUCUCUUUCCUAUCUAACAGAACUUACUGUCCCAUGUCCUCUUAUGAUGAGCAUCUGCUGGAAGGCAUCGUGUGCCCCCCUGUGUAUUAUUGAUAUAAGUGUGGCAUGAAAACUGACCCCUGGUGUGCCUCUGGUGUAACAAUGUCAUGUAAAUAAUUGCUGUUGUCCGGCUGCUUAUAAUGUAUGAAGUGUGUGAUGUGUGUUCGUGUUAUUAAUGCAAGCCAUUUUAACAUUGUUUUGUUAUUUUGUUCAGUUUUUAUUAAAAGUGACAUAUUUUAUUACA